AUGACACGAUAUCUGUGGUCAUGUCUGACAGUUCUGUGUUUAACGCAUUAUGUCUUGGAAACCACGGACGGACAAUCAGUGCCUUUAGAAAGUAAACAUACGUGUGUCAUCGGAGCCGGCUACUCCGGUCUAGCAGCCGCUAGAUAUCUUCAAGAAUACGGUGUCAACUUUACCGUGUACGAGGCUUCCCGACAUGUCGGAGGCACAUGGAGGUUUGAUCCUCACGUUGGAACUGAUGAAGAUGGCCUGCCCUUAUUUACCAGCAUGUAUAAGAGAUUAAGAACGAACACACCACGUCAGACCAUGGAGUAUGCUGGCUUCAAGUUUCCGGAUGAUACUCCGUCUUAUCCGUCGGGAGAUUGCUUCUAUAACUAUCUCAAGAACUUCGUCAAAUAUUUUGACCUCAUGAAAUAUAUUCAAUUCCGCAGUUUGGUAACACGUGUGAAAUGGGCUGAUGAUCAUUGGAAUGUGACGUACACCAAUACCGAAGACCGAAACAGCUACACAGACGCGUGCGACUUUGUCAUAGUCGCCAGUGGACAAUACAGCAAACCAGUGCGUCCUAAAUUCGAAGGCGAAGAACUUUUCAAAGGAAAUAUAAUGCAUAGUCACGAUUACAAAGACGCGGAAACGUUUAGGGACCGUAAAGUUUUAAUAGUGGGUGCAGGCGCCUCUGGGUUAGAUCUCGCCACGCAAUUAGUGAACGUCACCACCAAACUAGUGCACAGCCACCACCUCGUCUACAACCAGCCAAACUUCCCAAGCAAGUAUGUUAAGAAGCCUGACAUUGAAGCGUUCACUUCCGACGGUGUUGUAUUUCAAGAUGGUUCGUUUCAGGAUGUAGAUGAUGUCAUAUUUUGUACAGGUUAUGAAUACAACCAUUCGUUUUUGGAUGAGAGCACUGGUUUAACGGUAUCUAGCAAGUUCGUGCUACCUUUGUACCAGCACAUUGUCAACAUAAGGCAUCCUAACAUGGCUUUCCUUGGCGUUGUUAAGCAAGUUAUUACCAGAGUGAUGGAUGCACAGGCACAGUACGCAGCUGCUUUAGCAGGAGGUAUAUUCGAGUUGCCACCGCAAGAAACAAUGUUAAAGACUUGGCUGAACCACGUACGCACCCUUCGAGCUAAGCACUUGAGAAUUAUAGAUGUUAAUGUUGUUGGAGAUGAUAUGGAUCAUUACUUCGCCAACUUAACAAAUGAGGGCGGUGUAGUACGAGCGCCUCCAGUGCUUACAGAAAUACGAGACUUCAAUGCUAAGAACCGUCUAGAUGAUUUGUUGAACUAUCGAGAUUACGAUUAUGAGAUACUAGACGAUUAUCACUACGACAGAAAGUACAAUCCAAGACCAGAGAAUACGUGCCCUGUAGAACAAUAA